ACUUUUUUCAGUUGUACCCAAGGCAUUGUCGCGAGGAAACAUGCGAAGUUUCUUGUCGUCUAAGCUGAUAAUUUAAUUAAUAAAAGUAAACAUCAUGUUUAAGUUAUGUGUGCUUAUCUCGUCGCUAUUCUUGGCGCUGCAGCUGGGCUCAGCUCUAGAAUUUCAAGAUUGUGGCUCAAAGACGGGCAAAUUCACUCAAAUCACCAUCGAAGGCUGUGAUACGACAAAGGCAGAGUGUAUACUCCAUCGAAAUACCAAUGUAUCAAUAUCAAUAGACUUCACAUUGGCCGAAACAGCUACAUCAGUCAUAACCGUUGUUCACGGCAAAGUUUUGGGCAUCGAAAUUCCAUUUCCCCUUAGCAAUCCUAAUGCAUGUGUUAACAGUGGCCUCACAUGUCCGUUAGAGAAAAAUGAAUCCUAUCGCUAUACGGCGACACUCUCCGUGUUAAACAGCUAUCCAAAGGUCUCCGUACUUGUCAAAUGGGAGUUGCAGGAUCAAAACAAAAUGGAUAUCAUCUGCAUUGAAAUCCCUGCCAAAAUACAAUAAAAUGUGAUUAUUAUAAUAAAAAAAAUUAAAAAUUGCCA